AAUAAAUAUAAGUCAGCUACUUGAAAUAACAACUGUCGCCUGUUAUUUGAGCUCGCGGAUCGGGCCAUUGGCCAUUGGCUGCCCUACAAAACCAUCGUACCAGCCGACAAUCCGAGAGGGAGCUUUAUCCGACAUGACCAUGCGAGGUGUUCUACGACCUUUAUCAGGUCUCGUCAUACGUUGUUUCAAACGUGUAGAGGCAUUUGCAGAUUGGAUCACUGGAGCUGCUGGACCGGUCUUCGUUGGAUUAUGUUGGACUUUGAUAGGUCUUGGUGGGAUCAUCUUCUUCGACGUCGUCGUUCGAGAUUUAUCCUGGUUCACCACAUUACUACUCUCCCCUAUCCUCUUUAUUAUCCCUGCCAAUUUAUACGGCCAAUACUUUCUCGUAUGCGUCACUCCUCCCGGUUACCCUUCCCCCAGAGCCUUAGCAUUAUCCCCAAAUAAACCAGUUCACAGUAGAAGAGAUUCUUGGUUGGUUCAUUCCCCUCGUAGUGUGUGGAGUCCAGAACGAUGGGGGAUGACUAGAAGAAAUACACGUCCGUUGACCGGGGAAGGAAAUGUUAAUGUUACUCCUGCUCCGCAAGGAAGAGUGAGGAGAUGUAGGAAAUGUGAUGGGCCUAAACCGGAGCGAACACAUCAUUGUUCAGUAUGCAAAAGAUGUAUCCUACUGAUGGACCAUCAUUGUCCUUGGAUCAACGGUUGUGUCGGGCUCCAUAAUCAGAGACAUUUCGUCUUAUUCAUGGCUUGGUUGAGCUUCGCAACUUGGGUUGUAUCCCUGAUGGGCUAUAGCAGAUUUUGGGAUUCUUUCGAUUUCCGAGAACCGUGGCCCGGCAUGUCACCGAGAAUAGCUUAUACAUUACUUUACGUGCUCAGUCUAGCUAUAGGCUUUUGUGUCCCAGUGUUGCUAUUGUGGCAUCUCUAUAUGGUAUCGAAAGGCGAGACAAGUGUAGAAAGUCAUGAUAAUGCUUAUCUGGAAACGAGGGCGAAGGCAGAGGGAUUGAUCUAUUUGAACCCGUAUGAUCUAGGGAAGAAACGGAAUUUAGAAUUGUUUUUCAACAUAGGAUCGGGAGGAUAUCCUAAGCGAACGCUCCUCCUACCUCUGACCAUCCCACCAUGGUCCAACGGCUGGUCCUACCCUCGUCGUCAACUUCCCCUUGAACCCCACUUAAAACCAACCAUGCAUCUCCACGCUCCCGAGCUGGCUGACGGUCUCAUUUCUUCCCCUUCCGCUGAAAAUGGCAUGUUACAAAGUAGGUAUGUGAUGGGAGACGGAGGAGAUCUAACCGAUGAUGAGGAAGGUGGAGGAGGAUGGAUGGAUGAUUGAACAUCUAAAAACAUAUCUCACAAUUUGAUGGUUUCAUGACGUUUUGAUGCAUGACCCAUACUUAG